AUGAGUUAUCAUAUAAGGUGUCUAUUUUUAUCAUUAAAACUCCAAAAUUUACAAAAAGAUAGUUCUAAGACGGUUUUUAUCGUUUUGGUCAAGCCUUUUGCAAUGCAGAUCUUCGUUAAGACUCUGACCGGCAAGCACAUUACCCUCGAAGUUGAGCCAACAGACCGUAUCGAGGACGUCAAGGCUAAGAUCCAGGACAAGGAAGGUAUCCCACCGGACCAGCAGCGUCUCAUUUUCGCCGGCAAGCAACUCGAAGAUGGCAACACACUCCAGGAUUACUCCAUCCAGAAGGAUUCUACACUCCACCUCGUUCUUCGUCUUCGUGGUGGUGGCAAGGAAGCUUAUGAGCCAUCUCUUCGUAUUCUUGCCGAAAAGACAAACGUUAAGCGUUCUGUCUGCCGCAAGUGCUAUGCCCGCCUUUCCGAGCGUGCUCAACAAUGCCGCCACAAACAAUGCGGCCAUUGCAAGUCCAUCCGUCCAAAGAAGGCUGGUAAGGAGUAA